ACGGGAUAAUCGGGGAUUGCGGUGCUGAGGGGAGAACGGGAUAAUCGGGGAUCGCGGUGCUGAGGGAAGAACGGGAUAAUCGGGGAUCGUGGUGCUGAGGGAAAGGAUGGUGGCUCUCCAUAGGCGCCUUGGGAAGGUGGCGGCAGUGGCCUCCAGCCAGAUCCAGCGUUGCGGGCGGCUUUAUCUUGUGGGUUUAAUCCAGUACCGAGAAGCGACAGGAUGAGAGGACGUGGCCCCGAGUUGCGCCAGGGAAGGCUUAGUCUGGACACGAGAAAGAAUUUCGUCACAGAAAGGGUGAUCAGACAUUGGAACGAUGUCGGGCAAAAUGCUGGAGUCAGCGUCCUGGAGGUGUUUAAGGAAAGACGGGGUGAGGCACCCCGCGCCAGGGUGGUGGGUGUUCGGUCACAGUUCGACUCGAUGAUCCCAGAAAUCUGUUCCAGCCGAUUCGAGUCUCUGAGAACCACAGCACCCCUUUCCACGCCAGGAAAAGCACGGGGAUGCUCAGGCCUCCGGAUGAGGAUUUCUCCUGUGCAGCAGGCGUGGGGAAUGCAGUGUGUCUUUCGGAAGGAGGACUUUGUGGAGAUUGGGAUACUGUGCCAAACUACUGAAAACUAAUCAUUUUAGGACAGCUGCAUCAAAUACAUCAUUUCCAGCAGUUUGGAUGCUAUUGGCACAACAUUCUGGCAGAAUACCUGGGCUCUUUGUAGUAGUUAAAAAAAAUACUUUCUUCACAAUGCCCGAAACCAUGGAGGAUAAAACGAAUCCAGAACUGUAUUUGCCACAUCCUGGAGUGCGUGGGAUGACGCUGCUCAACAGAGAGGCUUUCAAAAGGACAGUGGUUGUUCCAGCUCUUAAAGUCAAGAAGGAAAUUGUGCAUAGUGUGCUGAAGUCCCUAAAACAAUCAGUACUGCAGCGCCCCGGCCUCAAGCGGGUGGUGGAGGAUCCAGAGGAUGAGGACAGUAGAUUUGUUAUCCUGGAUCCUCAUAAAGUACCGGAAUUCUCAUUAGGAGAGUCAGAGCAGCAGGCCCUAAAACAGCUCAAUGUCCAUCCUGAGGUGUCCAAGUACCACCUGGAGCUGAGCUAUGAGAAUUUCAAGUCGGAGGAGAUCCUGCGAGCUGUCCUUCCCGAAGGUCAGGAGGUCACCUCUGGAUUCAGCCGUGUUGGCCACAUUGCUCAUUUGAACCUCAGGGAUCACCAGCUGCCCUACAGACACUUGAUUGGCCAGGUUAUAAUGGACAAGAAUCCGGGAGUCACCUGUGUAGUGAAUAAAACCAAUAUUAUCGACAGCACGUACAGGAAUUUUGAAAUGGAAGUGCUUGCUGGAGAGAACAACCUGGUGACCAAGGUCAAAGAAAAUAACAUUGCCUAUGAACUGGACUUUUCCAAAGUGUACUGGAACCCGCGCCUGUCCACUGAGCACGGCCGUAUAGUGGAGCUGCUGAGGGCCGGCGAUGUUCUCUUCGACGUCUUCGCUGGCAUCGGGCCUUUCGCCAUCCCAGCGGCCAAGAGAAAGUGCCGAGUGUUCGCCAACGACCUCAACCCCGAGUCCUACACCUGGCUCCUGCACAACUGCAAGCUCAACAAAGUGGACACCAAGGUGAAGGCGUUCAACAUGGACGGCAGGGACUUCCUGCGGGGGCCGGUGAGGGAGGAGCUCAGCAAAGAGCUCCCGCUCCUGAGGGAAGGACAGAAAACCGCCUUCCACAUAGUGAUGAAUUUGCCAGCUCUGGCUGUGGAGUUUCUGGAUGUUUUCAGGCAUCUCUUGGUCGGGGAGCCCUGCAGCCCUGCUGGCCUUCCCACUGUGCACUGCUAUGGGUUCUCCAAACACAGCAACCCAGCCAGAGACAUUCAGGAGCGAGCGGAAGCUACGCUGGGAACCUCCUUGGCCGGACGCUGUUCCACUUUCCCGGUCAGGAACGUGGCACCCAACAAGGAGAUGCUGUGCCUCAGUUUCCAGAUCCCAGCAGAUGUGCUCUACAAGAGGCCCUGCCCUGAUGAAGCAAAACCAGCCUCGAAACGUCUGUGUACCAGCCAAGAUUCUUCGGAAGAGAAGGCACUGAGUUGAAGACCAGACCUAUGGUGACUAUCUUAGUUUGUGUAAAGGAUAUUUGGGGUGUCUCUGUUUACCCCUUGAGUAGUAAGGAGCAGACCUGAGUUCCUAUGGAGUUUCUUUUGGGAGCCUUGCUUCCUGCAGUCACCUUUUCUUCUCAUUGUGGGAUUGAUUGGAAUUGCUACUACAAAAAAUUAAAAUGUUAUUCUCUUAUAAUAAAUUUGUUUUGGUACUUC